AUGAGGACGUCAAGGAUAUAUGUUGGCUUCUUUAAGGCUUCUGUUCUCUUUGUCUUCUGGUUAACAAAACAUACAGUUGACUCAACUCCAACGGUGGUAACAGCAGAAUACGGAGGAUCUGUGGAAGUCCCUUGUCAAUACGACCUUAAGUUCAGAGACAACACAAAGUACUGGUGCAAGGGAAUUGUGUAUGAGCUGUGUAAAAUAGUAGUGAGAGGGGGCCAAGCUAGUGACAGGGCCUCCAUUUCUGAUGAUAAGGAGGCUGGGGUCUUCACUGUUACUAUGACUUCUCUCAGAAAAAGUGAUGAUGAUGUCUACUGGUGUGUCAUCUCUUCACCUGGAAGGAACACCCACACUCGUGUCAGGCUUGUCAUCUCCCAAACAGGGAUAACACCAACCGACACCACCCCAACAAAUUCAUCACUGAUACAGGGACGAGGUGAAGUAAGCUGGUGGGAGACUCUACGUUGGAUCAUCUUUAUUUUCAUGUUAUGUUGUUUGCUAUCAACACAUAUCAUUGUGUGGAGAAUGAAAGCUGCACAAAAACCACAGCAGCCCAAACAAAGUCAAUACGAGAACAUUUAUGAGUGAAAGUCUAGCAGUGUUUUAUAUAAUGGGUGAUUUAUGAACACAUAUGAACAUAUCUAAGUAUUCUGUCAGUGUGAAAGAAAUGAACCAUCAAGGGAAAAAGUGGCUUUCCACCUCAUUUUUUUCUUAGUACUUAUAUGAUUAAAGCUCAUUAAUUUCAGUGCCAGUGCCUUAGAUAACUUUGGACACAACUUUUUAAUAUCUAAUCAGCUUAGAUUUAUCACCUCUAGAGAGCAGGGGCUCUUGGCUUUCGAAU